UCUUAGGUCCAGAUAUUUCAUUAGAUGAUCAUAACAGUGAUUUCAGUACUGACAGUGAAACAAAUAGGUUAAUAUUAUGAAAUAAAAUGCACGGUUUUUAAAUUUACUUCUGAUUUACUCAAUGUAGAGUAUAAUCUAUUAUAUAAAAAUUUAAAAUUAAAUACUUUACUAACUAGGUACUAUUGUUAUUAUAUAUUUUUUAUUUUUUAGUUUGGAGAUUGAUAAAUCUAUAAUUGAUGAUGAUGAAAUAAAUUGUAUACUUAAUUCUGCAGAUGAAGAAGACACAGAAAAAGAUAAUGAUAUAAGCGAGAAACUAAUUUUUGAUAUGGAAAUGGAAACAUUGCACCUUGGAGAUAGCACAAUAUUCACUGGUAUGCGAUGUGUUGCUCAUACACUCCAGUUGGCUGUUUUUGAUACUUUAAAAGAUUCAAACAUUACAAAUAUAUUAACUAAAGUAAGAGCUUUGGUUCGCAAGUUGAGAAAUCAAACUUACAUAUUUAUAUUAAAAAAAGAAGGAUUAAAAAUGCCAAUUCUUGAUUGCAAUACACGUUGGCAUUCAACAUUUGAUAUGCUGGAUAGAACAAUUAGUCUUAAAAGUUUUAUACAAAACAUGUGAGGAAAUGACUUAAAAUUAAAAAAAUAUUCUUUAAGUAACUUUGAAUGGAAGCAAAUAGAAACAAUUUCUGAAGUACUUUUACCAGCUAAAAUUUGCACCAAAAAAUUACAAAGCGAACAACUAACACUAAGUGAUUUCUAUGGUGCAUGGAUAACUUGCAAAAUCCAAAUCCAAAAAAUGACAAAUUCUUACGCCAAAAAGUUCAUAAGUAGUAUGAGUAUUAGAGAAAUGCACAUAAUGAAUAAUAAUGCAUUUAUUUCUGCAAUAUUUAUGGACCCACGUUAUAAAAUAACUUUAACUGAAGAACAGUCCAUGGCAGCAAUAAACCAUUUAAUCAACAUAUGGAUCCAUAUGAAAAUUUUAGAAAAAGAACAUGAAGAAUUAACAAUGGAUGACAAGAAUGUUGAUUUUUUGUCUGAAUCUGAAAAGUCCUGUAAUUCAAAAUCUGGAGAUGAAAUUGAAGAAUUUUUGAAAUCUAACUUUUCAAAUGAAUCAUCUGAUCAAAACGAUUUGAGUAACUCCCAGAAAUCUACUAUUUCAACACGAAUAGAAACUCUUAAAAUCUUACCAUAUCGAUCAAAACAGAAUCGGAAACAAAACUAACAUUCUAAAAUUUUGGAAAUCCAUGGA